UCCACCACAGUGCUCCACAGUACAUUCGAGUCAAUUCGAGUUUCGAGUGUUCGACGUUCGUCGUGCCACGAACGCGACGCGCAGUGGUGUCAGGUGUGCAGUGGCGUGACACUGUGCGCGCGACAGUGCGUACGUGCGUGCGCGUUCCGCCCGUGGUAUCAGCAAAAAUAUGCAAAAGUAUGAGAAGCUCGAAAAAAUAGGAGAAGGCACUUAUGGCACCGUGUUCAAAGCCAAGAAUCGCGAGACGCACGAAAUCGUCGCGCUGAAGCGGGUGCGACUGGACGAUGAUGAUGAAGGUGUACCAUCAUCAGCUCUACGGGAGAUCUGUCUUCUGAAGGAACUCAAGCAUAAAAAUAUAGUUCGUCUCUAUGAUGUGCUGCACAGCGACAAGAAACUCACCUUGGUAUUUGAACACUGUGAUCAGGAUCUCAAGAAGUACUUUGAUAGUCUAAAUGGAGAAAUUGACUUGGACGUCGUUAAAUCAUUCCUAUAUCAAUUGUUAAGAGGACUAGCAUUCUGCCAUAGCCGUAAUGUUCUGCACAGAGACCUCAAACCACAAAACUUACUCAUCAACAAGAACGGGGAGUUGAAGCUCGCUGAUUUUGGAUUAGCAAGAGCAUUUGGUAUCCCUGUAAAAUGUUACUCAGCAGAAGUUGUUACAUUAUGGUACCGUCCCCCGGAUGUUCUUUUCGGAGCAAAAUUAUAUACAACGUCCAUUGACAUGUGGAGCGCGGGAUGCAUAUUCGCCGAAUUAGCGAACGCCGGCAGACCGCUUUUUCCUGGAUCGGAUGUAGAUGAUCAGUUGAAAAGAAUAUUCAAAAUGUUAGGUACACCGACUGAAGAAACGUGGCCAGAUUUAACAACACUUCCUGAUUACAAACCAUUCCCACAGUACCAUCCCACGCAAGGAUUGGCACAGGUUACACCUAAACUCACUUCAAGAGGCAAAGACUUACUCCAGAGAUUAUUAGUGUGUAAUCCGGCUCUACGGCUGUCGGCGGAGGAAGCGAUGGCACAUCCGUACUUCAACGACUUGAACCCUGUCAUAAAAAACGACCGAUGCCAAUAGCGGGUCAUCCCUCUUAG